UUAGCAGAAAGAGUUUGCAUUGUGCGUUACUGUGAGAGCUUGAGCUCCAGAGAUUUGCCUUGUGCAGGCACUGGAGAUAUGAACACCAUCGACGCGCAGAUCCAUAACUAUAGUUCCGCUGCGGUCAACGCUCUCCAGCAACUGCCAAAAAGCGCACACGAGACACCGGAUAUGGCCGUAUACUGUGACAACUUCAGUGUUUAUCACCAACAGAGUCUACCUGCGGCGCAGAGACCAGCAGGAUACGGACUGGGGGACUACACACCGACCCCAAACCCCUAUUUGUGGCUUAAUGGACCUGGUGUCAACUCCUCUUCGUCUUACAUACACGGAAACAACAGUCCUUCAUUCAUCCCUCCGGCUUACGGCUCUCAGCGGCAAUAUCUCACUAACUCGUCCGGGUUCGCUGGUCCAGACCUGGGCUGGCUCUCCAUCGCGAGCCAAGAGGAACUUUUAAAGCUCGUGCGUCCGCCUUACUCAUACUCAGCUCUUAUAGCAAUGGCAAUACAGAACGCGCACGAGAAGAAGUUAACCUUAAGUCAGAUAUAUCAGUAUGUGGCGGAUAAUUUCCCGUUUUACAAGAAGAGCAAAGCGGGAUGGCAGAACUCCAUCAGACACAACCUUUCCCUGAAUGACUGCUUUAAAAAAGUGCCGCGUGACGAAGACGACCCAGGAAAAGGGAACUAUUGGACUCUAGACCCCAACUGUGAAAAGAUGUUUGACAACGGAAACUUUCGGAGAAAAAGGAAGCGCAGAUCUGAUUCCAGCACUGGUGUUGCCAGCAACUCAAAACCAGAGGAUGAUCGACAGCUUGCGGGGAUCAAACCCACCGACAGCCCUCACCUCACCGGUCCCGCAUCUCCUGAUCUCAUUGAUGCAGCCAAUGAGAGCCACAAAGGCGCAUCGCCUGCAGGCCUCGCGUCCACUUCAUGCUUCAACAGUUUCUUUAACAGUAUGUCUGCUUUAAGCUCUCAAUCGGCUCCUAGCAGACAGGGUUCUCUUGGUCUUGUAAACGAACUCUCCAGCCGAAAUAUCAGCGCGUUGAGCCCGUACCAUGCCAGCUCAGCACCUGACGCAGGUGGACCGAGUGAACCUCAGGACAGUGUACACGUUAACCGUGGGAUGUACUAUAACUCUUUUAGUGGCGGCCAGAGCGCACAAUUCAAUGGACACUUCUACAACAGCUUCAGUGUGAACAGUCUCAUUUACCCUCGAGAUGGAACGGAGUUAUAGCUGUCAUGAUCAUGUAUUCCCACAACAUCAUUUAUAACGCCCACAGUCCGAUCAGUGUGACAAAUACUGUAUGUCUAUGCUUUCUAUUAAAAGAAAUACAAUUAUAUUGUUCUAAUACUGUUUAUGGCCUGUUGAAGUUCAGGCCUAUACACAACAGACAUCAAAUAUGUCUGCAUAAACAGUCAUGAAUGAAAUCUGAUGUGUCGAAACACAUACUGUAUUUUGUGAGAAAUAGAAUUACUUUCUUAUUGUAACUGAGAUUCAAUUUUUUUUCUUAUUCUAUGCACUAGUUUAAAAUAGACGAGUCUUCUUAGAUUAAAUUUGUAACUGUUUUAAAUGUUUGACGGUUGUAAUGACAGCUGAGUAUUUUAGUGCUUUUAUGGAUGGAUUGCCAAGAUUCAGUAUUGUCCAAUAUCGAAACAAAUUAUUUUAGUGUCUCUUGACCUCCUUUUUGCCACCAUUUUCUAUUGUGUAUUUUGUAAAUGCGAUUGAUUUGUAAUUGUUUUUAACUAUUUAUAUUAAGUUAUGUAUUCUUGCAGUUUGUCCUUAAAGGAGAGAAAUAUUUCGUCUGUAAGCUAACUGGAAAAGGUCACAAAUUGAAGUUGUCUAUCUGCAUAAGUGAUAUCGAUGGUCAUCCCAUUAACUCACUUGUUUUUUUUAGACGCUAAAAAUAAAAA